GGCGGCGGCGGCAGCAGCGGCGGCGUGGGCCUGCAGCACGAGACGCAGGAGCUGGCCUCCAAGCGGGUGGACAUCCAGAACAAGCGCUUCUACCUGGACGUCAAGCAGAACGCCAAGGGCCGCUUCCUGAAGAUCGCCGAGGUGGGCGCCGGGGGCAGCAAGAGCCGGCUGACGCUCUCCAUGUCGGUGGCGGUGGAGUUCCGCGACUACCUGGGCGACUUCAUCGAGCACUACGCGCAGCUGGGCCCCAGCCAGCCCCCCGAGCUGGCGCAGGCGGCGGACGAGCCCCGGCGGGCCCUCAAGAGCGAGUUCCUGGUGCGCGAGAACCGCAAGUACUACAUGGAUCUGAAGGAGAACCAGCGCGGGCGGUUCCUGCGCGUCCGGCAGACGGUGAACCGGGGCCCGGGCCUGGGCUCCACGCAGGGCCAGACCAUCGCCCUCCCGGCCCAGGGCCUGAUCGAGUUCCGCGACGCCCUGGCCAAGCUCAUCGACGACUACGGCGUGGAGGAGGAGCCGGCCGAGCUGCCCGAGGGCACCUCCUUGACGGUGGACAACAAGCGCUUCUUCUUCGACGUCGGCUCCAACAAGUACGGCGUCUUCAUGCGGGUGAGCGAGGUCAAGCCCACCUACCGCAACUCCAUCACCGUCCCCUACAAGGUGUGGGCCAAGUUCGGGCACACCUUCUGCAAGUACUCGGACGAGAUGAAGAAGAUCCAGGAGAAGCAGCGGGACAAGCGGGCAGCAGCCGCCGCCGCCUCCUCCUCGUCCUCCGGGGGAGCCGAGCAGCAGCCGGAGGCCGAGAGCAGCAGCAGCAGCAGCGCCGCCGCCGCCGCCCCGCCGGGAGCCUCGCUGCAGGCCGAGGAGCCGGAGGAGGAUUGAUCUCCCUCCCUUGUCCCCUCCCUCGUCCCCACUUCCCUCCUCCCCACUUGGCUGCCUCCUCCCUGCCCUGCUGCACAGAGACACUCGUAAUAAUAAUGACAACAACAACAACAGCAACAACACACACAGAAAGAGACUUUAUACUGUAAGCGAGCGAGAGAGAAAGACAACCGACACCCCCCACACCGAAAAUAAUAACAUGCCGUUAAAUAUUCCUGUUACUCUAAACUCCAAGGGGAGCCACCAACCCAACCACCCACAUCACCAAACUGACAGCCGAGCAAGCAACUUCUUUCUCUCCACCCCAUCGCUGGAUUGUCCCUUCCACUCUUACCCAUCGUAUAAAACAGUAAGCAGCUGCUAAAAACAAAAAAACAAAAACAAAAAAAAAUAAAUUACAAAAAAAAAGUAAUAACAUUAUAUAUGAUGAACUGUGUUUCCUACUUGAUUAAAAAUAUAAAGAACUGAGUGUUUAUUUCCCUAAUUAACCAAGAACUUUUG